AUGCGAUCAUCAACUCUUACGCGGUCGCUCACACGCGACUGGAGCGGGCGAACCCAUCGCGAAUAUCGAACCAUCCGCCUGUUGUCCAAUACCCCUCAGUGCAGCAGCAGACUUCGUACCCGCCUGGAGAUCCCUCCUCCUUUUCCCGUUACCAAGACAUGUCCCGAAACAAGCUGCAAUUGUCCACCUACGCCUGCUAUGCCCGAGGGACUACCAAUCGACCAUGAACAACCAUUAAAUGGGACAAUGGCUGCUUAUGCGCAGCAGCUCUUAGUAUGCACCGGACAGCCAGACUGGACGAGUCGCAUUGAGAAUGACGGCGAAAAUAAAAGCUGGGGAACCCUUGUGAGAGGGCUGAAGAAUCUUUUGGGCCGAGGGGGACCAUAUCUUGAUCCCUUCAAUAAUAUCUUGGUUACAACUUCGUCUAUCGCGCCGGCUGCCAGCUCCACCUCCACCUCCGCCUCGGCAUUCCUCUUCCCCAGCUUCAAAUACAUUCCCUCAAUACCUGUGGAAACUGCCUCAUCCUCCGACCAAACAACCAACUUGACGACUUUCAUACGCGCAUUUCUUCUCCCCGAACGACUUCACGAUAUGCACUCCUCUCUCCCCGCGACCAAGCAAGCAGACAUGACUCGAUCCUCGGACCUAGUAUCAAACUUCUCCGGAGUAAUCGACAUAAACCACUCCCCGACAGUGUUGAUCUGCGGACAUGGCGGUCGUGACAUGCGCUGCGGUGUUAUGGCGCCUGCCUUGGAGAGCGAAUUCCAGCGAGUGCUAAAGGCGCGCGGAUUCACAUCCGCAGACAGUGAUGGGACUACCGUGGACGGCCCACAACAUGCCAAUGUUGGUCGGAUCAGCCAUGUUGGAGGGCACAAGUAUGCUGGCAACGUGAUUGUCUACAUCCCGCCGAAAAUGACCGUGGGAAGCUCUUCAGAGCCUCACCCGCUGGCGGGCAAAGGUAUCUGGUAUGGCCGGAUUGAACCCAAGCAUGUAGAGGGGCUUGUUGAUGAGACGAUUCUCGGCGGCAAAGUGGUUACUGAUCACUUCCGCGGUGGCAUUGACAGGAAUGGGGACAUUCUGAGGAUUUAG